GAAGAAGAAAGAUUUUUGAGAAUAUUCUAUGUCAGUUACACCGAAUUUUUGAAUAUAAACCAACGAGGUAAAAUUGAGGUUAACCAUUGCAUUCACGUUGUUUCGGUGUGCACGUUCGUUCCUUGAAGUAACACGUUUUUCAAUAAGUUGAAUAUAAUCUAUACCUAAAGAUGAAUACCAGUGUGAGUAAAAGCUCUAACAAGAGGAAAUCUAUUGGCGGUCAAAAAGGAUCACCGGCGAAAUCCGCUAAACUCGACGAUAGCAUGAAAUCGCCCAAGAUCGCUAAAGUUGAGAAAACUUCUGAAAUUGUUGAAUCGAAAAAAUCUCCCAAAAAACAGAUUAAACCAGAAAAUGGUAAAUCACCAAAGAAGCAGAUUAAACCUGAAAACGAGGUUUCCAAAUCUGAAAAUGGCUUGGGACCUAAAUUGAAAAAAUUCAAAGGAACCAAUUCUAUUGAAGAUAGUGAAAAGAAACCUGCAAGUUUAAACAAAAAAGAAAAGACAGCCAACAAGGCUAAGAAACCUAAAACGAAGAAACCCAAAACCAUGGUAUCAAGGAAACAUUUCUUGGUUGAAAAAAUGAUGAAGAGAGUUGAGACUGAAGGUAAAGAAGCUACUAUUCAGGCCGUCAAUAAAAUGAUUGAUUCCAUUGUGUCAAAGCCUGAAAUAACUAAGACCGCUAAAAAAACUCUGAGGGUUUAUAAGCUUAUUUUGAAUAAGAUCUCUGGAGGACAGUCAGCACCUGCCGCUCAACAAACUAAAAAACAAGAAGCUAAAAAGCAAAAUCAGAAAAAGGUUGCUGCCAAAGUUGAAAAAGUAACCAAGACUGAAGAGAAAGUAGAACCCAAGAAAGGUAAAAAAGCUGUAGAAGGAGAACCCAAAAAAGAUAAGAAAACUGUCUCUAAGAAAGAGGUACAAGUAGAACCUGAAGAAGAAGAUGAUGAUGAUGAUGAGUCAGAUUUUGAUGUAGAAUCAUCCUUCAAAGACGUUCAAAAGACUGAAUCCGAUGAUGACGAUGUAGAGGAAGAGAGUGACGAUGAAGUUAGUGAUGAAGAAGAGGAAACCGACGAGGAAGAAGACGCAAGUGACGAAGAAGAGAAAAAAGUUGACGCUGAUAAGGUAAUUGCAACUAAAAAUGAGAAGUCUCAACCAAAAUCACAAAAAAAGUCAAGAUAUGUCCUUUUCAUUGGAAAUAUCGCUUAUGACACAACAAAAGAUGAAUUAAAACAACACUUCAAAACAGUUGGUGAAGUCGUUGAUGUUAGAAUACCUACCGACAAGGAAUCUAAUAGGCCAAGAGGCUUUGCAUAUGUUGAAUUAGCUGACGAAGCUGCAUAUCAGAAAUCUCUGGACUUGAAUGGCUCCCAACUUAAAAAUAGGAGAAUCAAGGUAGAAUAUACCCAGGGAAAGAAGGAAGGUGAAGAUAAUUCGAAACAAAUUAAAGCAAAGAACUUCAAACUCCAUGCUAUGCGAAAACAAGGACAAAAAGGAGGUUAUCAAAAGGGACAAAAUAAAGGCUCUCCUUUCAAAGGACAGAAUAAAGGAUCACCUUUCAAGGGAAAGAAUAGGAAGUGAAAAUUGAAUUUAAGUUAUAACUGUUGAGAAUUUAUUGUAUUUGAUAUUUACGUACAUUUUUUUUGUAUCUCAUUAUGUCACUGAUAAAUUUUUGUCCUCAGUAUAGUUUUAAGUAUGUACAUUACUUAAAUUGUUUAUAUAUUCUUCUUUAUAUUUCUCACCUAAGAAAAUGUAGGUAGAUGCCAAUAUUUUUAAUCAGUGAAAUAAAAUUUAUUACUUAA